AUGGUGUUCCUACGUCUAGAAGUCAAGGUUUUCAUUGCAGAACAAGUCGAUCAAUCGAGAAUUCUGCCUUCAGUAUUCCAGGAUGACUUUGGCGAUGAUGGAAGCCAGACUAGCUGCAGUGCCGCAUUCUUGUUGAUGCUGAAUAAUCCAGAACAAUUGUCCAUGGGUGAUCUUGCACACUUGAUCAAAGAAAAAUGGAAUACUUUGCGGCCCAAUUGCGAGCCACUGAUAAUCAAGAAACUCUUGGAUGAUGCAAUGCCUUUGAUCGACCUGGAGCUUGGAAUGUCCGUAGCCGAUGCCUUUGUGGAUUACGGCAAGGCCCAUGCGGAUGGCUAUGAUCAGCGCGCCGCUGUCCGCGUGAUUCAUACCUCAGAUAAUUACUGCUCUGGGGAGCGGUUCCCUUCAUUGAUUCAAGAUUUUGAAGGCGCGGCUGAAGCCUACGCCCAGAGAAAAGCAGAAAAGCUAUUUACUAGAGCUUCUUCGCCGACCCCUAGAGAGUCUCACAGCGUUUCGAUACGCUCGAUGGAAGCUCCCGUCCCAAACUAUGAGAUCGCAGCCCACCCGCAUAUAAUCAAUUCUCCGCAACUUUCUCAUACUGUCAACACUCGUACAGCACGCUCGCAGGACGAAAAUGCAUCUGAAUCACGAAAGCGGAAACGGACUAAGUCGAGGGAUCAUACCCCUGCAAAAGCACCUCGUCUGGAAGUCCAACCCAAAGAAUCUCCCAUCAACCAGCCGCUCAGCCAAGUCUCGGUAUCAUCAACGGGGGCAAAACCAGAAAGCAAAACCUCCCGCUGUUAUACGAGCUCAUCUAAAGCUGGAAAAAAGCAUCAGCCACCUACCCCUUCAAAUAGCCAGACUAGGGAUCCCCUCAACAACCAAGCUUCCCAGCCGGUUCAGGGCCCCAAAUUCACGGCCAAACCUCCUAAGGCGAGAAGAUUUCCUCACAUACCAGAAGCGGAGCAAAUAUGGCUUAUACGGAAGGCUAAAGCAAUGUUGGCGGAUUCCACGACAAACGCUACUCUGGUGCAAAUGUCCAAAGCGAUAUUAACCUUGAGCUGUCGGCUCAACGAAACAUCAAAUUUGACCUCUGAGGUGGAGUCCCAUCGGAGAGAAGCACAAAGAUCAGCUCUUGCUCAUCGUCUAUCUCAACUGCAAAAGAUCUUGGAAUCUGCCAAAAAAGAACCUGCAAUGCCUGUCGAGGCGAAAAAUACAAAGGGAAAUCUACAUCAAGGUGUUGAUAAAGACCCGGAACCGACAAGUAAGCAGCAGGUGAUGAUACGCGUGGAGGUUCCGCCAGAAACUGACACAUAUAUCAAGAAAGAGGCCCCUGAGGAGGAGAGUAUUGGGAACUCGAUGGGAAAAAAGGGUCAAGAAGCCAUAGCACUGGAACCCAUGGUCUUCUCAGGCAAAGAAUGGCUACAGAAUGACUUCAUCCCCGACUUGACACACAGAACCGAUGUCUGUGGUUCUGAGUUCGAGCAACUUGGAGGAACUGAGAGCAUUGAUCAACCAAAGAAAGAGAGCAAUGAGCAUGUUCUUCUUGCCACCGAUGAGAUGGCACCACCCAUACACCCAUCCUCACAACCCUUGGAUGAGUUCGCUCUGCAAGAAGUCCUAGCAUUGAUGAGACGAACUCAAAAUAUUCCUUGGCCAAAUUAA